CAGCGAGACGCGGACGUCGCUCUUCCAAGAUGGCGGCGCGUCCGUCGCAAGCGACCGGGCCGGGGGGAAGCCAGCGAAGCCGAGUAAAGCCGCCGCCCGGGAGAGGACUGAACGAGCAGUUGCCGCCGUUGGCGGCGGCCCGAGCAGUUUUCGCUGCUGCUACGGCUGUUGCCAUGAGGCGAGGCUAGGGAGGACCUCACUUCCCCGGGGUGUAAUAAUGCUAACUGAGACCAGUCUAUCCAUAUGGGGAUGGGGAAGCCUUGGCAUUGUCCUUUUUCUGAUAACCUUUGGACCCUUUGUAAUAUUUUAUUUGACAUUUUAUAUCCUCUGCUUUGUGGGUGGGGGUUUAGUGGUUACUCUCCUGUUUGGAAAAACAAACUCAGAGAAAUACCUAGAACAGUCUGAACACUCAUUUCUUCCUCCAACAUCAGCUGGGGUUCCUAAGUGCUUAGAAGAAAUGAAACGGGAAGCCAGGACUAUUAAGAUUGAUAGAAGAUUGACGGGUGCCAAUAUAAUUGAUGAACCUCUCCAGCAAGUUAUCCAGUUUUCCUUGAGAGAUUAUGUCCAGUAUUGGUAUUAUACACUAAGCGAUGAUGAAUCUUUUCUUCUUGAAAUUAGGCAGACUCUUCAAAAUGCGCUCAUUCAGUUUGCUACUAGGUCAAAAGAAAUAGACUGGCAACCUUAUUUUACUACACGCAUUGUAGAUGAUUUUGGCACACACUUACGAGUAUUCAGAAAGGCUCAACAGAAAAUAACAGAGAAAGAUGAUCAAGUAAAAGGUACAGCAGAAGAUCUUGUAGAUACCUUCUUUGAAGUUGAAGUUGAAAUGGAGAAGGAAGUUUGCCGUGAUCUAGUGUGUACUUCCCCCAAAGAUGAAGAAGGAUUCCUAAGGGAUUUGUGUGAGGUCUUAUUAUAUUUAUUGCUACCUCCUGGAGAUUUCCAGAACAAGAUCAUGCGAUACUUUGUCAGGGAAAUCCUUGCACGAGGAAUUCUUCUUCCAUUAAUAAAUCAACUCAGUGAUCCUGAUUAUAUUAAUCAGUAUGUCAUAUGGAUGAUCCGGGAUUCUAACUGCAACUAUGAGGCCUUUAUGAACAUUAUUAAAUUGAGUGACAAUAUUGGAGAGCUAGAAGCAGUCAGAGAUAAGGCAGCAGAAGAAUUACAGUAUCUUAGAUCUCUAGAUACAGCUGGUGAUGAUAUCAACACUAUCAAAAAUCAAAUAAAUAGCUUACUAUUCGUAAAGAAGGUAUGUGACUCAAGAAUACAGCGAUUGCAGUCAGGCAAAGAAAUAAAUACUGUGAAACUUGCAGCAAACUUUGGGAAACUUUGCACAGUCCCCCUGGACAGCAUUCUUGUAGACAAUGUUGCACUACAAUUUUUUAUGGAUUACAUGCAGCAAACUGGAGGUCAAGCACAUCUAUUCUUUUGGAUGACAGUGGAAGGAUACCGGGUUACCGCCCAACAGCAGCUAGAAGUUUUAUUAAGUCGUCAGAGAGAUGGAAAACAUCAAACCAACCAAACCAAAGGUCUUUUAAGAGCAGCUGCUGUUGGAAUUUAUGAACAGUAUUUAUCAGAAAAGGCAUCUCCAAGAGUUACUGUUGAUGACUAUUUAGUAGCAAAAUUAGCAGAUACUUUGAAUCAUGAAGAUCCAACCCCUGAAAUCUUUGAUGACAUUCAAAGGAAGGUAUAUGAAUUGAUGCUACGAGAUGAAAGAUUUUAUCCUUCCUUCAGACAGAAUGCACUUUAUGUGCGCAUGUUAGCUGAGCUUGACAUGUUAAAAGAUCCUAGUUUCAGAGGAUCCGAUGAUGGGGAUGGAGAAUCUUUUAAUGGGUCUCCUACAGGAAGCAUAAAUUUGUCUUUAGAUGACCUUUCAAAUGUGUCUUCUGAUGACUCAGUACAACUUCAUGCCUACAUUUCAGACACUGUAUAUGCUGACUGUGACCCAUAUGCUGUGGCAGGCGUUUGUAAUGAUCAUGGCAAGACAUACGCAUUAUAUGCCAUCACUGUACACCGGCGCAACCUAAACAGUGAGGAGAUGUGGAAAACCUAUCGUCGUUAUAGUGACUUCCAUGACUUCCACAUGAGAAUCACUGAACAGUUUGAAAGUCUAUCAAGCAUAUUGAAGCUUCCUGGAAAAAAGACUUUUAAUAAUAUGGAUAGAGAUUUUUUAGAAAAGAGAAAAAAGGAUCUAAAUGCUUAUUUGCAGUUACUAUUAGCUCCUGAAAUGAUGAAGGCAUCCCCAGCUUUAGCUCACUAUGUGUAUGAUUUCCUUGAGAACAAAGCCUAUAGUAAAGGAAAAGGGGAUUUUGCGCGCAAGAUGGACACUUUUGUAAAUCCGCUUCGCAAUUCUAUGAGGAAUGUUUCAAAUGCAGUUAAAUCCCUUCCUGAUAGUUUGGCAGAGGGAAUGACUAAAAUGUCAGACAACAUGGGCAAAAUGUCAGAAAGAUUAGGUCAAGACAUAAAGCAAUCAUUUUUUAAGGUGCCUCCUUUAAUUCCUAAGACUGAUUCAGACCCUGAACAUCGCCGAGUUUCGGCUCAACUUGACGAUAAUGUGGAUGACAAUAUUCCACUUAGAGUAAUGCUGCUUCUCAUGGAUGAAGUAUUCGACUUAAAAGAAAGAAAUCAGUGGUUGCGAAGGAAUAUCAAAAACCUACUUCAACAGCUUAUUAGAGCUACAUAUGGUGAUACUAUUAAUAGAAAAAUAGUUGACCAUGUUGAUUGGAUGACUUCACCUGAACAAGUAGCCGACUCAGUGAAACGUUUCAGAGAUGCAUUUUGGCCAAAUGGCAUUUUAGCAGAGACUGUUCCAUGCAGAGAUAAAAGUAUUCGAAUGAGAACAAGAGUAGCAGGAAAAACGAAAUUACUUGCAAUUAUGCCAGAUGAACUGAAGCACAUUAUUGGGGCUGAGACAACACGGAAAGAUAUCAACCAAUUCAAGUUCCAGGUUGGUAGAUGAGUACUUGAGUGAUGACUGACUUAAAUGGACUGAAUUUAGCUUUUUCUUUUAUGGGGCAAAUAAUUUACACCACAGUGUUAAAGAAACUUUAUACUUCCUCAUCAUAUAAAAUUAUAAAAUAUUUUUCCCACAGUUGAAAAGAUUCAUAAUUAGUAAUCCAUUUUAUUUGAUCUCAUUUUAAAUUCAUAUUUUGACUAAUAUUUUAGAUUUUUUCCUUUCUAAAAGUAGAUUGGUCAAAAUAUUUGCAUCCUUCUUGGAGCUGUUUCAGUAGACUUCUAAGGCAUCAGAUGUGAUAACUUCUAGCCCAUCAGGGAUUGGCAUAAUAUUUCUUAAAAUGCAUGCGGUAAAAUAUUGUUCCCUAUAAGAUGUUCCUGAGGGGAAAGUUUUAUACUUUUAUGUAACUUAUACAGGACUAUCUGUAUAUGAACCAAAAAGCAAAAAUAUACCUUCAUAAUUCAAAUGAUUAUAUCAAAAAUUCUGAGACGUUCUAUAAGAAACCUGUUUAACUUUGCUUACCUAAUUUCCUAAACUUAACCUCAGAAUCUUUUGUCAUGAGCAGCUUGAGGAUGAUGUUCUCACGGAAUGUAGUUUGGAAAAUCUUUAGUAGGAGAGAAAAAAAGGUGAAGUGUCUUUAGUUAGGGAAUGUAAACUGGACAGAAAACCCAGUGGAUUUGGAGCACAAAGAUUUUUUUCUUGCCUGCCAUUUUAAUGGAAAGUUCAAUCUUUGGAAGAAAAGGGAAAGAUGGAAAAAGGGUGAAGAUGGAAAGUUAACAUCUGAUUAUAUAGCAGAUAUUAAAGAGUAGAAUUUGGCUCUGAAUACCAGAAUAAUGACUUCAGUGAGGAAUAAUAGAGAACAUCUCAUGAGAAGCGGGAAAGAUACUUCCACAGAUUUUGCUCAUGUGACCAGAAGAAUAGUAACUUGAAAAUGUAAGGGGAAGAAGGAAAUGCCAUACAGUUAGUUUAUAAAAUAUUUGUGCCAGACAUUGACCCAUAUAUAUAAUGACAGGUAAUAUGUUUGAUUUAGGAAAACUUGCAGUAGCUGAGUGAAAAUGAAACUUAACCCAUGGGUUUACCAAUGCAGUGUGUGAGAUGUGUGUUAAAGAUGAUAUUUUAAAUUGGUAAACAUGAUCUUUUACAUAUCAUUAAGAGUGAAAUGAAACAAUAAAACUAUGUAUUAGGAGUUUUCCCCUUGGUGUUUGACUAGGAGGACUUACGAAACUCAGCAUAUAGUCAUACAGCUAAGAUUUAUUAUGGCAGAAGGAUAUAGAACAAGAGCAAAAAAAAGUGCAUGGAUGAAGUCUAGAGGAACAAGACUCCAGCUGCCAACUGUUCUCUCCCAGUAGAGUCACAUAAGAUGCAACUUAACUCCCACAGCAAGGAGUUGUGACAACACCUGUAAAAUGUUGCCAACCAGGAAAGCUCAUUCGAGACUUGGUGCCUGGGGUUUUCAUUGAGGGCAGUUUAUUUAGGCACCCUCUGCCUGGCACAUAACGGAAUUCCCUUAUGAAAUUUCUCAGAAAAUUGUGGUCAACAUAUGCCAUAUUUUUGGUGCAGUUUAGGCUUGCUGAGCCACUUUUAUCGGUUUUGGGAAUUGAUGGGAACACUCCUAAAAUCUUAAGUUCUCAAACACUUGCAGCCUUCUUUGCAAGUAAACUCCCUUCCUAAAUGCUGUUGUCUGAGUUUUCCUUUGACAGGUGAAUGUUCCUCUGGGAUGCCCAGGUGACUUAUUGAGCUAGCUUUGCCUCAUUGGCUGUUUACAUCCAAGCUCACCUUGCCUCCAGGGAUGGACCUCAUUCAACAGUUAGAGCCUUUACACUUGCUGACUGUUUUCUACUUUUCCCUCCUCAUGGCUCUUUUUCUGGGUCUUGGUCAAGUCUUGUUCUGAGUUUGAUUAGUGCAUAGCUACUUUAUUUCUCAGUUGGUGGAAGCAGUGUUAGGGAGCUGACUUUUGUGGUUUGACCUAAUUUUCUGCCAAGCAGCUAUUUAUCUUUCUUGAUUGUCUUCAUGUCUUCAAGACUCUUGAUAUCAACUGGCAUCUCGGUCAGGCCAAUAUCUUGUCUCUCCUGUAUGAUUACGUUGUUCAUGUUGCAGCCUAGAUCAGUUUCUUCUGCCAGUGGCAGAAUCCUUCAUGUUUCUUGUCUUAUUUAUUUUAUUAUUAUUUUUCAAUGUGUGGGUGCUCUCUUGUUUUAUUGUAUUUGGGGUGAGGUUAUUUUAGGGCAUGGUCCAGGGUAAACUGUAAGGCCUGGGUGCCCUGCUGCGAGGUCAAGGGGCAAUGGGAUUAAGACUGCAGAGUCCUGGCUCCCCCACUACCUACCAAUUGCUGGCCCUGUGUGGGGGUCUCUUCUGCUUUAUCUGGCCUGAAAGAGACUGAGAUGUUUCUGGUCCCAGGGCUCCUGGGAGUUGGUUCCCAGUAUUUCCAGGGAUAGAGCGUGCUGUAGGCACUGGUGGGAAGCUUUGGUGUCUCCUCCCAGACUCUAUCUGUGCCUCUUUAUCUGUUUCUUCAGCUUCUGGACCUUGAGCACCAGGGCUUCAGCCCUGACUCCCUCCUGCCCUUCCAGCAGGGCCUGGUUCAGCUCCAGCUGCUGCUCCAGCAACUCCUCAGCUUGGUCCAGCUCAACUGUGCGGUGGGCUUAGGGUCCUGUUGAGGGGGAGUCGGGGAGCAUCAGCCAGGGCAGGGGUCUUAGACCCUUCGAACCUGUGUUGCAGGGUCUGGCUGUAAGGAAGGAAUUAACCUCCCUUUCUCUUUUUCUAGCCCAUUAGGUUAAGGUCCCCUGUACUGAGAAGCCCAGAGAACUCCCUUUCUUGGGCAUGUCCCUUGUCUUAUUUAUACAGUACUAUGAGCUUUAAAAGUAUUCAAGAAAAUAGUUUUCAUGCUUGCUGGAAAGCAAGCCAUCUUCCAGCUAUGCUUUGUGUCUCUGAUCUCCCUCCUCCAAUAAGUUGGUGAGUUUCAUUCUUUAUUUUUGAUGAAGAAGGAUGAAGUUAUAAAAUUUAGGCUGCUAGUUCUGUGUGUGUGUAAAUAAAAGACUUCUUGUAAAGUGUGUGUGUGUAAAUGAAAAAAAAAGACUUCUUGUAAAAGCUUUUUACAGAUGUUUGUACUUGUAACAUUUCUUGUAUUUGCAGCUGGCAUUUACCCACUUCAUGGUCUCUCAACUUCUGGAAAUUAUGGAUAUUAAUUAGACAUAAAAAUUUAUCAUUUCUAUGCACUACUGGUGAUAGCUAAUUUAAAAAUACAGAUUAACCAUCAAAUAUGAGGGAGUGAUAGAGGGAUUUAAGUAAAAAAAUUGAAAUUAGUUUUACAUAGUUGUAAAGACUUCAGAUUUAAGAAUUUUCCUCUAAAAAUAUUAAUGAGUAUGUAAGUGUAAUGGAAUGAGACAGCAGACUGAAUGGGAAAAUUACUUCUGGUUUUUCUGAAGAUUCGUGACCUCCUAAGCAACCUAGAGGGUGUUGAGUAGCUUGGAGUUUUCUUUAUCCUUUCUUUAAAAAAGAAAAAAUGUCCCAUAAAAUAAAAUGAAUCAAACACAAAUCAGAUGGUCUGAAAAAGUUUUGUGUUUAAAAACAAAACAUAUACACAUAAAUACUAAAAUGGAAAGAAAUUUGGCAUUAAACUUCUCCAGAGUACACUAGUUUGCCCAAAUGUUAGAUAAAAGUAUUUUAUCAUGAGUUAUACAAUAUUUUCUAAAUAUGUUUGUUGAUAAACUUGCAUGCCUUUGCUUCUCUCCAGAGAUAAGUACUAAAUUAGAUUUUAAUGUCUUAAAUUUAAUGGAGCUCUGUGUCCCCUCCAAAUCUCAUGUUGCCCCAGUGUUGGAGGUGGGGCAUGGUGGAAGAUGUUUGGAUCAUGGAGGCGUAUCCUUCAUGAAUGGCAUGAUGAUGAAUAAGUUCAUGUGAGACCUGGUUGUUUAAAAGGUAUGUGAUGCCUCCCCCUCCUCUCUCUUGCUCCUGCUUGACAAUCCUGCUCCUGCUUCACCUUCUGCUGUGAGUAAAAGUCCCCUGAGACCUCCCCAGAAGCUGAGCAGAUGCUGGCUUGAAUAGCCCGCAGAUCCAUGAGCCAAUUAAACCUUUUGGCUAUAUAAAUUACUCUGUCUCAGAUAUUCAUUUGUAGCAAUGCGAGAACAGCUUAACACAAGCUCCUGUUUCGACUGGCAUAAACGGAAAAAGUAAGAGUUGUGUAAGAACCAAAUAAUUUUCAGAGAGAAAGUAAAAAAAAAAAAAAAAAAAGUCAAGUUUACUGGCUUUUUAAGGAAUUUCAAAUAGUUGAGGUGGGUAGAAGUUAGUGAUGAUUUAAUGGCCUUGAUUGCUAGAUUACAAGAAACAAAUGUAUGCAUAUGUUAUCAAAUAAGAGGAAACAACCUAAGACUGUCAGUAUUUUUAAAUAAGAGGUCUUUAAUCCCAUUAAGAAGUGGGCAAAGGAUCUAAAUAGACAUUUUUCAAAAGAAAGCAUACAAAUCACCAACAGGUGUGUGAAAAAGUGCUUAUUAUCACUAAUCAGGGAAAUGCAAAUCAAAACUAUGAGAUGUCAUCUUACCUUAGUUAGAAUGACCGUUAAUUGAAAAGACAGAAAAUAACAGAUUCUGGGAAGAAUACAUAGAAAAGUGAACUCUCAUACACUGUUGAUGGAAAUGUAAAUUAGUAUAACCAUUAUGGAAAAACAGUGUGGAAAUUUCUCAAAAAACUAAUAAAACUAACAUAUGAUCCAGCAGUUCCACUACUGGGUACUUAUUCAAAGGAAAGGAAAUCAGUAUAUCCAAGGGAUGCAUGUACCGCCAUGUUUAUACAACACUUUUUACAAUAGCAAAGAUAAGGAAUCAGCCUAAGUGUCCACCAAUGGAUGAAUGGAUAAAGAAAAUGUAGUAUAUUUACACAAUGAAAUACUAUUUGGCCAUAAGAAAGAAUGAAAUCAUGUAAUUUGGAGCAACAUGGAUGGAACUGGAGGUCAUUAAGUGAAAUAAACCAGCUACAGAAAGCUAUUAUAUGCCCCCCAACUCAUAUGUGGGAGCUAAAAAAGUAGAUUUCAUGGAGGUAAAAAGUAGAAUGAUUGAUAUAAAAGGCUAGGAAGAAUGUCAGUGGGGAGGGUGUUGAGGGGAGACAAUGAAGAAAGGUUGGUUAAUGGGCAAAAACAUACAUUUAGAAUGAAUAAGUUAUAAUCUGUAGUAGAGUAGGGUAACUAUACUUAACAACAAUGUAUUGUACAUUUCACAAUAGGUAGAUGUAAGGACUUGAAAUUUCUCAGCACAUAGAAAUGAUAAAUACUUGUGGUGUUGGAUGUCCAGAUACCGACCUGAUAUUACAGAAUCUAUGCAUGUAAAGUAUCACGUAUGUACCAUAAAUAUGUACAAGUAUGUAUCAACAAAAAUUACUCAGCUCUAAAAAACAUGAGGUUUUUAUUAUUUGUUAUGUAAAUGGUGGGAAAACAUCAGGUAAUAAUACUAAACAAAGUGAAUACUUGGACAAUUUAGACAAGUUAAUAAUUUUUAUGUAAGUCAACUGUAUAUCUUUGCCUUGAUGUGAAAGAUAAUAUUACUCUGAAGUUUGUAAUUUAUGUAAAAUUUUGAUAUGUUUUUCUAUGGAAAGCGUAAUUUGAAUGCCAUAAAUUUUAUGCACUGAUUUAAUAGAUCAGGUAAGAUUUUUGUUUCCACAAAACAUUUAAGAUUACAAAGAUAUAAAAAAAAGUGUUUAACUAAAUUAGUAGUUUUCAACUGGGGGUAAUUUCACCAGUCGUGGAACAUUUGAUAAUAUUUGGAGACAUUUUUGAUGGUCACAACUGGGACAUUGCAACUGGUGACUUUGUGGAUGGAGGCCAGAGAUGAGGCUAAAUAUCCUAUAGCUCCCCACGGUAAAGAACUAUAUGGUCCAAAAUGUCAAGAGCACUAAGGCUGUGAAACACUGAACUAAAUUACGGCUUUAUAAAAAAGCAUUUGUUUCUCUGAUGCUACAGAUCAUAAGAUGAUGCUGUAUUGGUAGUUAUUCCAUUUACAAUGUGUAUAAAAUGGUCAUAUGCUUGAAUUCAUCUAUGUUAUUGUUUGUGUCAAUAGUUUCUUUUAUUGUUAAUAAUAUUUCAUUGUAUGGAUCUACCACAAUUUUAUCCAUUCGCCAGUUUAAGGACAGUUGGAUUAUUUCAAGGUUUGGGUGAUUAUUAAUAAAACUUCUAUAAACAUUGUUGCAUAA